CCGUUUGUUUGCAGGACCCCUGCGGGCUCGCACCGCUGCCUAUAAAUAUAAGGUGCCGGACGCUCUUUCUCUUCCCUUCGACCCUCCGCCAAGGAGGACAAAAAGAAAAAGAAAAAACCCUUGUUCUCCCUUCCUUGAGCGAGUUCUCAGAUUUUUUUUUCUUUUGGCCUUCCAAGGAGAAUUAGAGCCUUCCAAAUCCCUAUACCUCGCAAUGCAGCCUCCAGGAACACGAAAUUCCUCGACCAAGAGCGCUAGUAUCCCUGCUGCCCAAGCCAAGCCACCUGUCACGCAACAUACUCUCCAAGUUGUUCAUCAGCACGUUACUCGAGCUGUUAGUCGUGCUCUUGCGGCUGGUCGUCCAGUUGCCCAAGCUGAUCCAUCCGCUAUUGGAACUGCUAACCAAGCUGGUGCAGUUGCUCAAGCAACUUCAUCUAGUUGCUGCCACUUUGCUCAAAAAGCUAGUCCAACGGUUGAUGACCAUGCUGUGCAGGCAGCUCCAACUGGUGUCAAGCAUGCUGUUCAGUGUACCAGAGGUAUUCCCCCUCGAGUUAAUAAAACUUUAGCCAGUACAGCAUUCACAAAAAUUGCUGUUAGUGUUCCUGCCCAAGGUAAAAGAAGUUCAGCGAGCAUGAAGCGGAUUGCUGAAUCUGUUAAUGAGAUCCAUAAAUCACCAUCCAAGAAAAUCCAUACUGGACAUAGCAAAGACUUAUGCAGUGUCCUAAAACAAGAUUCUUCCACUGUUAAGUUUUCCAAGGACAAUAAUAAGAAGUUAACUGCAUUAUCCUCAGAGCAGCAAGCAGAGCAGCAGCAGCCUUGUAUAACAGAUAACAUCAAAGUUCCAGGUAAAAGAAGUGCAGUGAGCAUGAAAUGUAUUGCUAAAUCUGCUAAGGACCAUGAUAACAAAUUAACACCAUUGUCCUCAGAGCAGCAGCUGCCUUAUAUAACAGAUCACAUAAAUGUUACAGGUAAGAGAAGUUCAGUGAACACAAAGUGGACUGCUAAAUCUACUACUGAGCUCCAGGAGUCAACAUCCAAGAAAAGCAAGUCCGGACGUACCAAAAAUUUGUGCAGUGUUCCAAAAUUAAAUGCUUCAACUGUUGCGUCUGCUAAGCACCAUGGUAACAAAUCCAUGCCAUCAUCCUCAGAGCAGCUGCGUCAGCAUCCUUUUAUAACAGACCACAUCAGAGGUUCAGACAUAUUCAAUGAUCCCCCUCUUGAACUUCUUGGAGAGAGGUGCCAGCUAUGCGGGAUCGAUCUAGCAUUCAGGCCGGCAUCAUGGUCCGCUGCAUCAUAUUCCAAUGACCCUCCUGUUCAUGCGGUUUUGCCAUGUGCUCACACUUUUCAUAGCAGCUGUCUGGAAGAUAUUUUUGGUCCCAUGAAGCCGUCUCAGACUCCCCCAUGCUUUCUUUGUUCAAAUUCGGAGGUACAGAGUCAGUAGUUGAACCUUGUUCUCUUUGGAUAAUGUAUCCAAUUCUUUGAUUUUGUAGCGUUUUUGCUUCGGGAAGUUGUACAGAACAUAUGGAGAUGUUAUAACUAGGGGUCAAAUGGAAACUAGUAGUUGGAAGGAACUAAGAAACCUGGUAGUUGGGAAUAUCAGCUGAAUUAUUGGAUAUACAUGUGAAACAGGUUCCCUUUUUUCUCUUCUUUCA